UUCAGUUUAGGUUUGCAUUUCGUCGCAUUUAAAUCGUGCGCGGCCAAGUGAGAAAAGCCCUCGGACACGUAAAUGUGGUAACAACAUUUUCUUUGUUUCAAGAUUCCUGAUAUUCCGGUCGAAACGCCGUGUUUAAUUUUAAUAGCAGUAUCCUUGUACUACCACAAUGGAUCCCAACACGGUUUUGUUCCUUUUAAUCACUCUGCGAUCAGCUUUCCCGGAACCCAUCAAGAGAAAAUUCCCGGAAAAUUUUCGCUUUGGGACCGCCACCGCCUCCUACCAAGUGGAAGGUGGGUGGAAUGAGGACGGUAAAGGCGAAAACAUUUGGGAUUAUUACACCCAUACCUACCCCGACCGAAUUGCCAACCAAGCAAAUGGGGACAUCGCCUGCAACUCCUAUCACAAAUAUUUGGAAGACAUAGUGAUGCUCAAAGACUUGGGAGUCCACUUCUACCGCUUCUCCCUGUCAUGGUCCCGGAUCCUUCCGGAGGGACAUACCGGAAAAAUCAACCAAGCUGGAGUGGACUAUUACAAAAACGUGAUCAGAGCACUAAAACAAAACGGCAUCGAGCCCUAUGUUACUCUGUACCAUUGGGACCUCCCACAACCCCUUCAAGAAAAAGGUGGUUGGCCGAACACCGACCUCAUGGUUGACCUUUUCGCCGAUUAUGCCCGACUGGCGUUCAGCCUCUUUGGCGACCAAGUCAAAAACUGGAUGACUUUCAACGAAGCCAAACAAACGUGUCAACUGGGUUAUGGGUACGGUGUUUUCGCACCUGGUGUCCAAUCCAAUGGGAUUGACAGUUACAAGUGUGCCCAUACUGUCAUAAAAGCGCACGCUAAGGCGUACCACAUCUACGAUGAGGAGUUCAGAGCGAGCCAAAAAGGCCGAGUGUCGAUGGUUGUUGACACCGACUGGUUUGAACCCGCCAGUGACAGUGACAGAGAUAGGAAAGCGGCGGAACGAAAAAUACAAUUCAAUUUUGGGUGGUACGCAAACCCGAUUUAUCACCCCGAUGGUAACUAUCCCCAAGUCAUGAUUGACCGAGUUGCUAAAAGGAGCAAAAAGGAAGGGUUUGAAAAGUCCCGUCUUCCAGAAUUCACACCGGAAGAAAUUGAUUACAUUAAGGGAACUUUCGAUUUCUUUUCUCUAAAUACGUACACCGCAAAUAUGGUUAAAUGGUCGGAUGAUUUUCCUAUAGGAUACGUGAGCUAUGAUGGUGACAUAAGUGUUGUUACGUACCAAGACCCUUCGUGGAACAGUUCGGCCUCGAGUUGGCUCAAAGUCGUACCAUGGGGUACCAGAAAGCUGAUAAAUUGGGUUGAUAAAACUUACAAUCACCCCGAAAUUGUGAUUACUGAAAAUGGGUUUUCUGAUGAUGGGGAACUGGACGAUGAGGGAAGAAUUGUUUAUUAUCAGGAAUAUUUGAGUAACAUUUUGGAAGCGAUUCUGGAAGAUGGAGUUAACGUUACAGGAUAUACAGCCUGGAGUUUGAUGGAUAAUUUUGAAUGGCUGGGCGGAUACACGGAGAAAUUUGGACUGUAUCAGGUUGAUUUUGACGACGAAAAUAGAACAAGAACUCCAAAAAAAUCAGCUGAUUUUUACAAGAAGGUUGUUGCAACAAGGUGUUUAGUAGACCAGUGUGAAAACUAAUUUUUAUGUUUGGACAAUCGAAAUAAAUAUUUAAAAAAGCAAA